AUGACUGCAAUUGAGAAGUCAGCAAAAUCUCAUGAUCUGAACGCUUUGGAUCAUAUGACAAGCAAGAAAAAGGCGGAAGAAGAUUUUUGCGGGGACAAGCGCCAAGCCAUUUUGAGUCCUAACGAAAGUGUUGCAAGCGAGGAAGAAAAUAAACUAGCCAAAAAGCGAGCCUACAACAGAAAAAAUGCGGCUCGGGCACGGCAAAGAGCUAAGGACCAGUUGUCUGAACUCAGCCAGAAACUUGACGCUCAUUGCCACGAGAACAACCAGCGAAGGGUGCGGAACGAGGAACUUGUUUCCCAAAUCCAGAUCUUGCAGGAAGAGAACCUAAAGCUAAAGCAACUCUUGGCAGCAUCCUCCACGUGCAGUGCGUGUAAUAUGAAAACGUCUCUUCCGCCUCCCGUAAAUCUCACUUCGAGGAAGCGGCUUCAUCAACAGGCUUUCCUUCCAUCGGCUCCUCAAAGUGAUUCAAACUUUGCAUUUCACCUCCUUUCUUUGACAAACCGAUACCAGCCUGUCAGCAAUCUACAAAACAACGACCUCCAUAAGGGAGAUCUCUUCCGAGGAAAUUCUGAGCAGCAGAGUACUGACUCGUCGCUGGCAGCACGACAACAGCAGCUACGAGGUAAAGAUGGACCAACUGCUUUAAUCGAUGGGAAUCAACUUCUUGCGGGCACGCCCCAACAGAAUCAGUUUGGCUUUGAGCGUUCUUUGCACAACCUUCAACUCACUCAUAUGCACCAGCUGUUGACUGAGUCGGAGCAACGGCGCUCGUUUCUUGACGUUUCCGUGGAUCCAGAUGGAGGCCAGAUACGACGAGGCAUAGAAGAGAGAGAGAAAAGAUCCUUGGUACUUUCUUUGCUAAAAAUGAACGCCGCGAAACAACGGAUUGGCGAACGGUAG